AUGGCGGAUGAUGAUCUGUUGGACAAGGUGCAUAACCUGAGCGACAUAGAGCUUGCCGUCUUGCUCUGUCUUAUAAGCCGGGAGCACUGCUUGAUCAGCACCCCGUCGGAAGCUUUGAACGAUCUGGUUGGCGAACUUCACUUGAUUGCAACCCGCACUUUUGGCCUCACCUGCGUCACCGUAGACUGCCACGCCAACACCACCCUCGAAGACUUUGCAACCUCGGUCCUCCUUCCUACGCCUUCUUCGCCAUAUGUGCGACCGGGCUCGACGUCGCCUCUCCAGACACGGGGCAAUGAUUCGUACUUUCAGUCCCAGUCGGUGACCACGCCGCCCCUCCUACGCGGCGGCGGCCUGCAACCCCCGCGCUCGCCCCUGAUUUCGUCGAGUUCUUCUGGUGCAUACAACGCCACCGGAACCAGCACCAGCGCCCUGCCCGGGCCCGGUGCAAUCGCCAACGUCGUUCUGGCCAGGAACCUGGACCGCGCACCGUCGGCCGUGCAGGCCCAGGCCCUUGAGCUGCUGCGGACGCGACGCAUAUUCACCCGCACCACGGUCCAGACAGCCCCGAGACCGUUUUUUCUGAUUGCGGUGGUGGGGGCCGAUUCUGGUGGCCAGGCUCGCGUCAACCCCCACCUCAACGACCUGCUGUACAUGGCGCACUGGCAUGAUCCGGAGGACGGCUUCGUGAACCUGGAGGAAAUGCGAGCUGCCGAGGACACUGCCACGGAGCCGGCGUUUUCUGAUGCUGAUGUGAGCACGUUGGCCAAAGCCACGCAGGAUGUCCAGUUUGACAUUGAAGUGGUACGCUAUCAAAUGAAUAUCGUAUCCUUUCUGCGAAUUCACCGCGCUGUGGAUGGCGGCAUUACCCCCAUGGCUACUAAGCACUUCGAACGACUGAUCAAGUGUCUGGCUCCGCUCCAUGGACUCGACUUUGUCACACCUUCUCUGGUUGCCAUGGCAGCCAAAAAGGUCUAUCUGCACCGCAUCAAGAUGGUAGAAGCAUCAGCGGAGCGCAGCAUGCAAUGGGGGAGCGAUUUGGCAGCCGUGAAAGCCGUGCUGGAGGAUAUUGGCCCUGAAGACGUCAUCGAAGAUGUAAUUGCAAUGGUUACGCCGCCGGUAUAA